AACGUACACACAGGAAUGCAAUCCGUCAAGAACUGAAUAACUUGAAUCAAAUGUUUUCCUCACUUGUCUGUCUCGUUACAUUUAUAGUCAUCCUCUUAUAAACACAGAGGGAAUACUUGCAAGUGUAUUAUUUCAGUCGUGCAAGUAUUCUGUAGGUGGAUAAUUUAGAAGGAAACAAACACUGUUCUUUAGACAGAUUACUUGAUAGUUCAAGGCAUCAUAGAGUUUUUAUUUUAUUAUUUUUCCAGAAGCAAGAGAAAUCCACAUUCUGGAGAAAUAAACUGAAGUGAAUUUGAAGUAAUUUACCUUGAAUUAGAAACAUGGCCAGUGAAGUUUCAGGGAAAACAUUAAAAUACCGAUUAGGAAUCAUCACUGCUAUCCUGCUGACCCAUUUGUAUGUUGUGAAAAGUAUCGAUUUUUCAGGAAUAAGCAUAGAUUUACAGUUGACCUCCACAGAUGGGUCAGUGCAUCAUGUAACACAAAUUGCAGAUAUUAAUGGAUGUCUCAUCUCAUUGUCUGUGUGUGGGCCGGGGAUCUGUUCCAGUAACACUGGAAACUAUUCGUGCUCUUGUUGGGAAGGAUAUAACGCUACAAAUAUAAAUAACAGUAACCUGUGCAUAGAUUCUGUAUAUGAAUGUCACAUCAAUCUAUGUAGUCCAAAUGUCAGCUGCACAAAUCAGUUGGUAAAUUACAAAUGCUCAUGUCUGGAUAGACUCACUGGAACAAACUCAAAUCUCAACGUAAGCGUCGAGCGAUGCACAGCACCAACAGUAUCACCACCAACAACAGCUACAGUUAUUGGAAUGCAAAUGAAAAUAGCUCAGACUUUUGACUUAAGUCUUGCUGAUCCUGGUAGCAACAGUUACAUUUAUUUACAUGGACGAAUUGGGUCAACAAUUAAUGCAAGUUAUUCUAAUAAUUUAACUGGCUACAAUAUUGGUUCUACAAAAGUCUCUCGCUUCAGGCCUGGUAGUGUUAUAGCAGACUACAGAAUAAAUGCAACAUCCUAUAGCCUUGAUUUUAGAGCAGCAAACACACAGGUUUCUGACUCUCUAAGGGCACAAGGCAUAAUUUUAGCUGAAGAUGCUUUUGCUCAAAGUGAUCAAACAGUUUUCAGACCAGAUCAGUUAUAUCCUCUGCAAAAGGUAGACCUGAACUGCACACAGCCAGACUUUGCAAAAGGACCAAUAAAAUGGACAGUGGAUAACAAAGAUCCUGCUCUAGACAACACAAGAUACCUACUCUCAAACAACAACAGUACUCUCACUGUGAUAAACGCUAGUGAGGGUGACAGUGGUCAAUAUUCAUGCAUCACACAAAGGAAUACAAUACCAUACAUUCAGUGGCAAAAUAUCAUUAUUAACCAACGCCCCAGUAUUAUCGUGGGUGAUAAUUACCGUGUUUUCCCAUGUGAUGGCAGCAGUUUUCAACUGAAAUGUUCUGUUGAUGUUGGCUUCAAUCUUGAGUGGGUUCUGGAUGGAACAGUAAAGAUUUCAGGAUCUGACAGUAUCACAUUAAACUAUACUACUCGGAGUGGAAAUUGUACAGAUCAAACCUUUACCUUUACUUGUCGUCUCAAGGAUCUGCCACAACUACAGAAUUACAGUUAUAGCUAUAGCAGCGUCACAGUAAAGACAAGCACAGAACAAUUUGACUGUCAAAAUGAAGAGCUUGGUGCUGGAAAAGCAACUAAUGAGAAGACAGGAGUCUGUGGAAAAGGCUUCAAAGGCACCAUAACUUACAAAUGUGAAUCACGGGUAUGGAAAUCAGUAAUGGACAACUGUAUAUAUGAUUAUAUCGACAACCUGAAAAACCAACUUGAGUCUUUGCGUGUGGAGGAGAUCCCAGAGUUUAUGGCUAACCUCAGUUCUGUCACAGAACAGAAUGGCAUUGAUAUAAUACAGUCUGCUGCUACCGUCAAAGCAAUUGUCGACAUUCUUUUUAAAAUAGCCAACUUCCCACAAGCUACUUCCUUCAGUAGUCCAGUUAUGGGGAGUUUCCUAAACACAGUGGACGUUAUUGUAUCAGUUAAUGCCAGUAAUACAUGGAGCAAACUGAACAAAGGCAACAACACAGGAGACACCAGCAUUAAACUUCUGAGUGCUAUUGAGAAUAUAAGUGACCGUCUCACAGAUGAAUUUGCGUUUAAUAAAACAUCCAUUCAGCUGAACAGAACUACAAUUAAAAACUCAUUCACUUUAACCUCAGCACUGCCAAACUCAACAACAGAGAUUGUAUUACCACUGGUUCCUCAUGAGACUACCAUUACCAUCAUAAUCUUCACAACUCUUGACAAAGUCCUACCUUCUCAAGGUACUAAUGACAGCAGGAAAUCAGAUGUGCGCAUCAAUGGAGAUGUGGUUGUUGUUAAGGUUAAUGAGACUCUCAACAAUAUUUCUUUGACAUUUGACAUUACUAAUCAGUCUUUGGGAAAUCCUCAGUGUGUCUUUUGGAACUUCAAUCUCAACACAUGGGAUUCCACUGGAUGUAAAGUAAAGCGGAACAGCACUGGUAACAUUACAUGUGAAUGUAACCACACAACCUCCUUUUCAAUCCUAAUGUCACCAUUUAACAUUGAUCCCAAUUAUCGCACAGCCUUAGCCUAUAUAACUUACAUUGGCGUAGCUAUUUCGAUGGCCAGCUUGAUUAUUUGUCUGAUUAUUGAGGCUAUUGUAUGGAAGUCAGUAAGAAGAAAUGACACGUCCUACAUGCGGCACGUCUCCAUAGUCAACAUUGCCGUGUCCCUGCUGAUCGCAAACAUCUGUUUUAUCAUUGGAGCUGCGAUCGCAGAACAAGAGCAGCCAACCUCAGUGGGUCGCUGCAGUCCAGUGGUUUUCUUCAUGCACUUUUUUUACUUGGCUCUUUUCUUCUGGAUGUUAAUGUCAGCACUGUUGCUCUUUUAUCGUACAGUUAUGGUCUUGUCUCAAAUGUCAAGGGCCAAUAUGAUGGUUAUUGCCUUCAUGGCCGGAUAUGGUGCACCUUUGCUCAUAGCGGUUAUUACUGUAGCAUCAACAGCUGGACCUCAAAAUUAUAUUUCCAAACAAAAUGCAUGCUGGCUGAACUGGAACGAAUCAAAGGCACUGCUGGCAUUUGUGAUUCCAGCUCUCACUAUUGUAGCCAUAAACCUUGUGGUUUUGAUUGUGGUUCUGUACAAGAUGUUGAGCAGAGGAGUUGGUGCCGAAACUCAACCUGCUGAGAAACAUGCCCUGGUGGUCAUUGCCAGAUGUGUGGCCAUUUUGACUCCUAUUUUUGGUCUAACAUGGGGAUUUGGAAUUGGAACCAUGGUUUCACAAGAUUUAGGCAUUCAUGUGGUGUUUGCACUCCUCAAUUCACUGCAGGGAUUCUUUAUUUUGGUGUUUGGAACGCUUUUAGACAGCAAGUUACGUGAGGCUCUGGCAGGACGCCUGUCACCAAGAAACCUUACCAGCUCUAACCGCACCAGGAGUACAAGUGCAGGACCAUCAUCUUCAAGUGGACUGGGUUUCUUUCAAAGGAUCCGGAGAAAUGUGUUCAACAUAUCUGAAGCCAAUGCUUUCUCAGCAGCUACAUCUUCACACAGCUCCAGUGGCACAGAUACUAUGAAUGCAUAAUCAGCUGCUUCAUAAACUAUAGUUUACUUAAUUACAUGUUAAACAGCCUUUCCUAAGCAGGUUUUCUAUACCAGAAGUAUAUGUAAACUGCACUAUCUGCUACUGAUUUCUGGGUUGAGGUGUUUCUAUGUUCUGAAGUAGUAAUAAAAAUAUAUAUUAUUUACUUAAUCAAGUAUAAGUACAGUACUUAAACCACUGAUUAAUAACAGAAAACAUUUAAAUCGAUCAGUAAACUACAGAAAAUGUGUAAUAUUUUACAAUUAUAUUAUACUAAUGUAACUGACCAACAAUUUUCAGUGAUGCAAAUGCUGUUUUGAAUCGAAAGUAGUGCUUUCAUUUACACAUCAUACAAAUUCAUGUAAUUUAUAAUUGAAUACAAUGAGACAAGAGCAUUUUUCAGUUGUGCAAUUUCAGUGUGUAUAAGGAAUACUAAUAAAAAUGA